AUGAGUAUGCAGUCAGUUUGUGUGUUGCCUAAUGGUUCUUCCACUUUGAUUUUAGGUUUCCCUAACGUAAUCGGUGCUUUGGACUGCACACAGAUAAAGAUUCAAGCCCCAUCUCAAUUUGAGGAUGUUUAUGUCUGUCGCAAAUCCAUUCACAGCAUCAAUGUUCAGAUGAUAUGUGAUGCUGAUCGCAUUGCCACAAACCUUGUAGCCAAAUGGCCGGGAAGUGUUCACGACAGUCGAAUAUUCAAGGUGUCGUCCAUUGGCCGAGAACUUGCUAACCAAGCUCCACAUGAUGGAUUCCUUUUGGGAGACAAAGGUUAUGCACUUGAACCGUACCUGAUGACACCUUAUCGGAAUCCAACACCUGAAGAAGCUAGAUAUAAUGCCGCCCAAGCACGAACCAGGACACGAGUUGAGCAGGCCUUUGGCAUUUUAAAGAGGCGGUUCCAUUGCUUGCACGAUGAAAUUCGGCUGGUCCCAGAACAGGCCUGUGAAGUGAUAGUCUGCUGUGUAAUCCUCAAUAACAUUGAUAAGGAUUCUAUUAUUGUCAAAAUGUUUUCAUGUGGUAUUGAUAGUUAGCAUGGUUAGUAGGCCUUCACUUUUACCUUUCUCUUUACUGGUAUUGGAACAGGGCCUUAUCUGACUUUUUGGCUCACCGUAGGGGAGUCUUUACAAUACCGCAGUGUCCGUCGUCCGUCGUCGUCUGUCGUCGUCGUUGUCCGUCGUCGUCGUCGUCGUAUCCUGUUUCAAAAACAGUGGCACGUUUCUUAACCGCUAAGCCUAUGAACUUGUUACUUUGUACACAGGACUCCCUUAGUCGAAUGACCUGUGACACUAAAUUUCGGUCCGAUCUGAUUCUUAAUUUGGCCACCAGGGGGCCGAAUGUAGAUAUCUAAAAAGUGUGAUAUCUCGCUUAUUAAUGACUUGUUUGGAAUGAAAUUUUUGUGGUAGGUACUCAUAGCAAGGAUACAUCAUAUAUCAUACGGGUUUUUAAUUUGACCUACUUUUCAAGGUCACAGAGGUCAAAUGGCGUAAAUUGGCUGUUUCAGUGUAACUAUGGCACGUUUUUCAACCUCCACAGCUAUGAACUUGAAACUUAGUACAUAUAACCCCCUAUACCAGAUAACCUCUGGUGCUGAAUUUCGGUCUGAUCUGAUUCUCAACUUGGCCACCAGGGGGCCGAAUGUGGAUACCUAAAAAGUGUGAUA